AUGGUACAUUGGAAAAGUUCUUUAAAAAUAUCAGAUAACUCUUCUACAUCUACAACUCUAUAUCCAGACAGUAGAUUAUUAUUAGCAAAUUCAACUGCAUCUGUUUGUUGUAUUGAUUUUGUUUUUAAUCAUUCAACAACCGAUGAACUAUGUGUAAAUCAGAACGUGCAUGAAAAUAUCAGCGCUGUAUUAAAAAAUUCUCGCAUCUUUGAGCAAUUCCAUAGAAACACAACGGAGAUGGUUGUGACAAAACAAGGAAGACGAAUGUUUCCAGCACCGGAGAUUAUUUUAUCGGGAUUGGAUCCAAAUAGAUCAUAUAUUAUUUUUAUGGAUAUUGUUCCAGUUGACAAUGCAAAGUACAAAUGGACAAACAAAAAUUGGAUAAUGCAUGAUAAAAACGACAAUUGUUGGUCUUCAGAAAUAUUUGUUCACCCAGACAGUCCUCUUUUAGGUUUGCAAUGGAUGAAAAAAUCAAUAAGUUUUAAGACUCUGAAGCUUACCAACAACUCAUCUAACUCAAAAGGAAAUAUUCAUUUGAGCUCGAUGCACAAGUAUCAACCUCGUAUUCAUCUUAUACAAACUUGCGAUAUGCAUUUGAUCAAUUUUCAGCCUUUUUGUACUUUUGUUUUUAAAGAAUGCCAGUUCAUCGCAGUUACAGCAUAUCAAAACCCUAAGAUUACAGAUUUAAAAAUUAAAUACAACCCGUUUGCAAAAGGAUUUCGAGAUGAGUUAAAUAAAAAGGUUCCUUUCAAACUAGUGCGUUCCAAAAAGCCGUCUGCGAAAAAACGAAAAAUCGAUGACAAGUUAAACACAAAACAAACCUUAGUAAAAAAAGAACUGCUUCCAAUUAUUGAACAAUUAACAACUUUAUCGUCAUCAGAAGGGCUUGAACUGUCAGCUGAAAUGUUAAUCGAUGAACUUACCCUUCCCGGAUCAACUUCAAGAAAAAACUUGGAGCUUCUUUGCCAGCCUUAUUCUAACUCCAUCCCUUUCAAUCACACAAUUGCAGAAUCAAGUUUCACAUAAAAAUCAA